GAAGAGAGGGAAAGAGAGAAAGAGAGAGAGAGAGAGAGAGCCAGGCAUGUGUGCAUAAUUAGAGCUUGGCUGGUCCUCGCUCGGAAUGUGGGAUGGCCAAAAGCUCCUCUCUCACUCUGGUGGGCUGGGAUCCCCUAAUCACACAGUCUCGUCCCCAAGGGUCUGUCGUAUUGUCUCAGAGUUAAUCGGGACUUCGUCAAGGACUUAACGGUUAAAAACAAAUGUUGAUGCUCUAUUUCUCUGUUGCUGUCGACACUUGAGAAAAAUGGACAACGGCGGUGGUGGAAAUGGGGGGAUGGAAUUUCACCUGAGGAUGUUGUUUCUGGAUGCAGAGAUGGAAUGUAACAGAACAGUUCUGUCCCAGCCACCCCCCACAGAAGGUGUGUACUGCCCUGCUCUGUUCGAUGGAUGGAGCUGCUUCAAUUACACAAAAGGCGGCGAUACGGCCUACAGCCCGUGCCCAAAUUUUCCCGUCUUUAACCCUUUAGCCCAAGCAGUCCGGAAGUGUGAAGAAAACGGCUCCUGGUGGGUGAACCCGCUAGUUGGUGAGGCGAAGAGCGACCACACCGCAUGCUUGCACAACAGAACUGAACCGGACGAGAUACCAGACCACGAGUCGUUCAGCUAUGUAUAUUUGUUCAUCGCUGGUGCAUCCCUGUCUCUCAUUCUGCUGACUAUCUCCCUAGUCAUCUUCUACGGGUUCCGUCAGCUCCGCUGUGACCGGGUGACCAUCCACAAAAACCUGUUUAUCAGCUAUAUCUUCACCGCUCUCACUUGGAUCAUCUAUUACCGUGCCGUGGUUCUGGAUGGAGACGUCAUCAUUGCUAACCCGGUUUGGUGCCAAUUCCUGCACGUUCUGGCCCAGUACUUCACCACCACCAAUUUCUCUUGGAUGUUCUGCGAAGGCCUCUACUUACACAUCAUCAUGGCGCAUGCGCUUCGAACUGGAAAGAAACUUAUCAAAUGCCUAGUCAUUGGAGGAUGGGGUGUCCCAUUUCUACUCACUGUUGUGUAUGGAGCGGUCCGCGGCGGAGCUCAGACUCAGGCUCACAG